GCUGGCGCGCCAGUCGGUUGCGAGCGCUCGGUCGCGGAGGAGCGCCCGUGCUCCCGAUCUGCGAGAAACGUGCGCGGAAGUGAUAUGUGAUGAUCUGAGCUUGCGAACUGUUGUGUGUGGACGAUCUGUGGACCUUUCGCUCGUGAGGAUAUACUCCGGAAGACGCCUGACAGCCCAGCAGUGACCUGUUUUCGCCGGACGCCCAUUCUGACAUGUUAUAACCGGGGCGGCGGCCACCACCGCCACCGACCCAGCCUCCGCCGCCUCCGCCACCGCCCACCGCCCCUGCCACCGCCACCAUGGACCACAGUGUGAAGGCGAUGAGCUCCCACCGUAAGGCAGCGUUCGCACGGCUUCUCAACCGGCACCGCUUCGAGAACGACGAGCUGGAGGCUCUCUACCAGCGCUACAUCGUCAAGCUUCAGCGCUCUUCAAUCGGCGGCGCUCUGGUGCUCUACAUCCUCCUGUGCACUCUGCUGGGGGUGCUAGCGCUGGGUCACGGCGCUCCCGCGUCAGCCCCACUCGUCUACUACCUACUCAUGGCGGCGCUGUUUGUCGGUCUCCUCGUAUAUAGCAGCACGCGCUGGAUGCGUGACCCGCACCUGCUCGGCCUGUGCUACGUGCUUCUGGCGAGCAGCGCGCUCUUCUGCGUGGUCUCCCUACCGGUCAGCUUCGGCGUGCCAUCGGCCGGCCGGUGGACGCUGGCUGACGGUGUGUGGCACGUGGCGUUCACGGUGUUUGUGCUGUACGCGAUGCUGCCGAUCCGUGUGUGGGUGACGUGCGCGGCCGGUGUGCUCCUUCCCUUGGUGCACGUGGUGGUGAGCGUCCUCUGCGUCACCGAGUUUCCGGAUCAGCGCUGGCAGCAGGUGACGGCCAACAUCUUGGUGUUUGCCUGUGUCAACCUGAUGGGCCUGUUCAUGCACAACCUUAUGGAGCAGGCGCAGCGGCGGGUGUUCCUCGACACGCGGAACUGCAUCGCCGCACGGCUCGAGAUGGAGGACGAAAACGAGAAGCUGGAGCGGCUGCUGUUGUCGGUACUUCCUGAACACGUGGCCCUGGAGAUGAAGGAGGACAUCGUGUCGCCGGUGGAGCGACAGUUCCACAAGAUCUACAUCCAGCGUCACGAGAACGUCAGUAUCCUGUUCGCCGACAUCGUGGGCUUCACGGUCCUGGCCUCUCAGUGUUCGGCGCAAGAGCUGGUGCGGCUUCUCAACGAGCUCUUCGGGCGCUUUGAUCAGCUGGCCAACGACAACCACUGUAUGCGGAUCAAGAUCCUGGGCGACUGCUACUACUGCGUCUCGGGCCUGCCGGAGGCGCGCUCCGACCACGGCCGCUGCUGCAUCGAGAUGGGACUGGACAUGAUCGAUGCCAUCGCGUCGGUUGUGGACGCCACAGACGUUCAGCUCAACAUGCGCGUGGGCAUCCACUCAGGACGCGUUUUGUGUGGCGUGCUGGGCCUCAGGAAAUGGCAGUACGACGUGUGGUCCAAUGACGUCACACUGGCCAACAACAUGGAGGCCGGCGGCGAGCCCGGGCGGGUGCACAUCACGCAGGCCACCCUGGACGCUCUUCACGGCGAGUAUGAGGUGGAGCCCGGUAACGGUCACCUGCGUAACCAGUACCUGAGGGACGCUGGUGUGCGCUCCUACUUUAUCGUACCGCCGCCGCGACGAAGGAAGACGCUCCUGUUUAACACGCUUCAGGUGCGGUCAGCCAUCGGCUCCACGCAGCGACGCAAGCUCUCCUUCAAGAACGUAUCGAACGUGGUGGUGCAGCUGCUGCACUCCAUCAAAUACUCGGUGGAGGUGCCCUUCUCCAACAUGAACAUGCCGCCCAACGACCUCAACAAACAGAGCAGCAUGCUGAAAAAGCACAAGAUGGCCGAGCGUUUCCGGAGACCGUUCCAGAAGCGCCACUCUUCCCUGCCACACCAGCCCACCAACCGAGUCAACAAGUACUUGGCACAGGCCAUCGACGCGCGCAGCGUGGAUCGAGAGAAGUCCAACCACGUGAAUGUGGUCAGUCUCUGCUUCAGGAACAAGGAGAAAGAGCAGCAGUACAACUGCGAGCAGGACGUGGGCUUCUCGGCGUCCCUGGCGAUGUCGCUGCUGCUGCUGAUGUUCCUCGGAGGCGUGCAGGCGGUGGUGCUGCCCCGCACGCUGAUCCUGUUGCUGCUCUUCCUCACGGCCUUCGUCUGGAUCGCCGUCGUACUCAUGCUGCUGCUGGCCGUCCGGCUCAGGGUGAUUGUCUGGGACCUGAGCCGCAGUUUCCUGCUCCGGCUGGCUGUCACUGUGUUCUCUGUGGUACUCAUCUACGCCGUGGCCCAAGUCAAUGUGUUCACAUGUCUCACCGAGUCACCAAACGCGUGCUCGCCGGCGCAGCUACCGGCCCCGUCGGACGUCACGCACCGCGCCUGUCCGCUGCCCCAGUACGUCGUACUCAGCUGCAUCAUCAGCUACCUGGCCGUCACCGUGUUCCUGCGGCUGCCCAUCCUCGUCAAGACGCUGGUGCUGCUUGCCAUGACGACCGUCUACGUCAUGUUCAUCUACCUGAGUCAUGCGCCGCUCUUCCUCUGCUACGACCAGCGCAUGGGAUCACCGGUGCCGCUACAACUACUCAGUGUGGUGCAGAUUGUGCUGUUCCUGCUGGCUGUGAUCAUCCACGGACGUCAAAUGGAGUGGACCGCUCGGCUGGACUUCCUCUGGCAGUGUCAGGCCAUUGAGGAGAAACAGGACAUGGAAGCGCUGCAGCACUCCAACAAGCGGAUUUUGUUUAACCUGCUGCCCGCCCACGUGGCUACACACUUCCUCGACAACCAGUUCAGGAACAACAUGGCAUCUCACCCUCAGGAGCUAUACCAUCAGAGUUACGCGCGCAUCGGUGUCAUGUUUGGCUCCAUCACCAACUUCCACGAGUUCUACUCGGAGCUGGAUGGAAAUAACCAAGGUGUGGAGUGCCUCCGGCUGCUCAACGAGAUCAUUGCUGAUUUCGACGAGCUCCUGGACGAAGACCGCUUCCGUACUAUCGACAAGAUCAAGACGAUCGGUUCCACGUACAUGGCCGCUGUGGGCCUGAUCCCUGAUCAGAAGAUCCAGGAAGACGAUGCCAGCGCCAUCUAUUACAUGUCUGUGCUGGCCGAACUGGCGUUCGCUUUCCGAGAAAGGCUGCACAGCAUCAACGAGAACUCGUACAAUAACUUCAUGCUCAGGAUAGGUAUGAACAUCGGCCCCGUGGUGGCCGGUGUGAUUGGAGCCCGGAAACCCCAGUACGACAUCUGGGGUAACACGGUCAACGUGGCCAGCAGAAUGGACUCCACCGGACUGCCCAACCACAUUCAGGUGACCGAGGAGCUGUAUCAGAUUCUCAGCAGGGGCCCGUACGAGUUCCAGUGCCGCGGCAAAGUGCGCGUCAAAGGCAAAGGGGACAUGACCACCUACUUCCUCACCGAUCGCAAACAGCUGACGACAAUGAGGAUAGACGAACUCAGCCAGCCGCAGAACAGAGCCAUGGCGUCGGCGCAGUCGUCCCACUCGGGCCCGCCGGGUCCAUCCGUGUCCCAGUUCGGCGGCGUGGCCACUCCACUGGCUCUAGUCCGACCCGGCCACGUGCCUCGGCUGGGCUCGGCGCCUCCUCUGCCGCCUCUGACCCGCGGACGCAGCAGCCCAGCACCUGAACAGGUGGCGCUGAGGCCACUCCCGCCUCUUAGAGAACUCAGCUCGGAUGCAGAGACCGGUCGGCUGGCGGCCACCCCGCCGCGGGUGAUACCACGCGGCGCGACACCGCCACGGACGUUCACACCGCCCCGACAGCCGGACGACCUGCACCGGCUGCCGGAGAGGAGCGUCUACACACCGCCCUGGGCCCGACAGAGGCCGGCAGAGUUGGAGGACGUGCCUCCGGCGGUGCCUCCUCACGGUCCGCUCGUGAUGGCCGCGCCCCGGCUCCUCCACACCGAGGAGGCAGCCGUCCGGAGUCACCUACGACUUCAGCGGCGCCGCUCCGAGGAGAACCUCAAACAGCCGCCGUCGGCCGAGCUCUACGCUGCUCGGAUAGCCUCCUCGGCUGACGAGCUGAGCUCUCUCAACCGCUCUCCAUCUGUGUCGUCCUCAGACGAGAGCUACUCGCGGACUGACUUUUCGCGGACGGACGCUGACUCGCCGUCGCCUCCGCCGCCGCGCGCGCCCUCAUUCACCGAACAGCUGCGGCUGCUGAGCCUGCCCGGUGCCGAGGCGCCGCCGCCGGCUCUGGCCGAGCUGAGUGCGUUCGCUGAUCGUGAUGAUCGAUCCGACGGUCGGUCGGAGGGAGAGCCGGCUGUGACUGUGGAGGAGGCGGUGCGGCGAGUGACGGAGACGGGCGCGGCGCCCGCGCCUACGGACAGUGAGAGUGAUGGAUUAGAGGCGUUUGAUGAACCCGAGGCGACGAGGAGCUCGGACGGCGAGCCGCCCUGCAAGAAACGCUCCCUGUCCCGCGAGGAAGGCGCUGCCAUGAACCGACUGCUGGCGCGUGGCAGCGUGUCACCCCGCGAGGCGGCGCACGAGGCGGUCCGCUCGGCAGCAGAGGCGGCCAUGGCGGCGGCGGCAGCGGCGGCGCCGAGCCGGCGAACGCCGCGCUCUGCGCCCAACUCGGCCAAGAAGUCUCACCUGCCGCGGUUCGUGGGCGCUCGAGCAGCGCCCGCCGGCGGCGGAGCAGGUGGAGCUGGCAGGUACGGCACGAGCGGCUCGGACGGCCAGCCCCGUAACCCCCCGGUGACGGCGCGCGCUAACCUCUCGGAGCCGACCACCCCGCAGGCUCGCUGUAACACGGACACGUACACGCGGCCGGGCCGCGGCGACCCGCCGUCGGCGCCGGCGCCGCUCGAGGCGCUGCAGGCGGCCGCGCGUCGGCAGCAGGCGGCGCUGCUGGCCAGUCUGGCCGGCGGUGACGGCGGUGGCGGCGCUCGCCUCCUGCUGCGGCCGCCUCCCAGUCGGAUUCCGCUGCCGGCACCGCGCGCCGCGCCACCGGCCGACCCGUCCAGGUCGCCGUCGGUAACCUCGGCCUCUGAGAGUCCCGCUUCCGUCUCUGCGGGUCUGGCGACCCGGCUGGCGGCUGCCGACCCUCCCUCGUCUGCGGCCGUCCCCUGCUCGUCUGAGGGGACGGUGGACGGCCCUCCGCGACUGGAUGAGGAGUUGGAGAUGGAGCUGUUCGAGCAGGAGGAGAAGCGACUGCUGGCCGAGUCGGAGCGUCAGGAGAAGCUGGCAGAGCUCAGCGAGUGGUCGGAGGAUGACGACGCCGGUCAGUCGGAGCCGCUCCUCGACCACGACCACCAGGACGCCGAGAGCGCCGGCUACACCACCAACGACGAGGCCCUCGAGAACGCCUCCAUGCUGAACGACUGCGGGCUCACAGACGCCGAGGGCGCGCUGAGCGACGUCAACUCGAUGUACAACGAGCCGGGCGGAUACGAGGUGGAUCUGGAUGACAACCUAUCGGUAUCAUCACGGGCAUCGUCACGUCUUCUCGACUCCGACGCUCUCAUCAGCAUGGACUCUCUGAGUGCAAUGUAUGACUCUGAGUACGAUCAGCUACGAGGAGAUGACGAGAUGCCUGGGGAACUGGAUCUGGACGAGCUCAGCCUCGCCAACAUCCGCUCCAUGAGUCAGAGCAUCACUCGCAGCUUCGGCCAGCCGCCGGCCGUGGCACUCGCAGACGCGAGUGAGGAAAGUGAUGUGGCGUAGCGACUUCAGCGCCGGAGAAUAUCAGGGAAAUCGCAGACAGAAUCGGCGCGCUGCCCCGUGGUCGGCGGCGCAGGUCAGUCGCGCAGGUCGUGAUAGGUCAUUCAAGGUCACAAGUGAUGGCAGGAGGUCACCAAAGGUCACAGUGGUGCGCUACAGGUGGCUGAGUCAUCAAGGUAAUCUGCCGAAGGUCACCAGAGUCGGCCUCUCGGGGUAAGUCUGCGCCACUACGAGCGGAGACGCCCCUCGCCAGUCGUCCACUGACCAGCGACUUCUGUUAGACCGACUAUCAAUGGAAUCUCUGCCGGGGAGGUGCCGCGCGGCGGCAGACCCCCACGUGCCAAUGUUCGGGGCGGCGGCCGGCCGCUCCGCUCCUCUACCCGGGUAGAGUACCGGAGGUGGCGCCGCGCCGCGCGGCUGCAUCCCACCGACGCUUUCGUUGCUCAGCAGAACGCGUACUUUCACUGCGUAGCAAAUAAUGGCGUGGUGUGAGAAGGUUGUGGCGCCUGGUCGCGCCCGAGUGUCUGAGCGUGUGCCGUCGGGUGGCGAACGGUUGGACCGCUUCGCCACCCGACCUAGUCUGCUGUGGUCGGCGGGGCCCUCAGCGGGCUGCGACCGCGGCGCUGUUCUGUCUUGUUACGCGGGAGGCUGGCGGCCCACCGCCGCCGAGUCGCCGAGCUGUACAUAACAGCCUCAUGCAUAUAAACGUCUUUUUUAUCA